GGGGCCCGGCUACGAGGACUCCUGACUUUGGGUCUGCCGCGCACCCUGCUGGCGGCCCGUGCCUCGAUUUCCCCACCCGUCAGGAACCAGCUCCUGCCCCUGCCGCCCCGGAGAGUACCUGCUUGCUGUGCCCCCGGGUUAUGACGACCCCCAAUAAAGGAAACAAGGCCUUGAAGGUGAAGCGGGAGCCAGGCGAGAAUGGCACCAGCCUGACUGAUGAGGAGCUGGUGACCAUGUCGGUGCGGGAGCUGAACCAGCACCUACGGGGCCUGUCCAAGGAGGAGAUCAUCCAGCUGAAGCAGCGCCGGCGCACACUCAAGAACCGUGGCUAUGCCGCCAGCUGUCGUGUGAAGCGGGUGACACAGAAGGAGGAGCUGGAGAAGCAGAAGGCGGAGCUGCAGCAGGAGGUGGAGAAGCUGGCCUCGGAGAAUGCCAGCAUGAAGCUGGAGCUCGAUGCGCUGCGCUCCAAGUACGAGGCGCUGCAGACCUUCGCCCGGACGGUGGCCCGCAGCCCUGUGGCACCAGCCCGGGGGCCCCUUGCUGCCGGCCUGGGACCCCUUGUCCCUGGCAAGGUGGCCGCCACCAGCGUCAUCACAAUAGUAAAGUCCAAGACGGACGCCCGGUCGUAGGGAUGGCGCGUUUGCCCAGGCAGGUCUUUGAGGGGCCACUAGGCACAUGGCGAAUUCGGCUGCCCUGUCCCUCUUUUUCCUUCUCUUCUCUUCCCUCCCUCUCCUCCUCCUUCUCCUCCCCACUCUCCUCCCUUCCCUGCAAAGCACAACCUGUACCCCAGGGGCGCCGGGCUGAGCCCCUUUGAUCUCGUCGUUGUCGUCGUGUGUUUUGUACGUUGGGAUUGGUCAGUUCGGCGGUGAUGUGGGUCGCCCCAACCCCCUUUGUACCAAGGCUGCGUGGGCUUGGGAGUCCAGAGUUGGUGCUUCAGGAAUGGACGAGAGAGAGGGAGAGAACAAGAAUGAGAGAGAGAGAAAGGGAGAGAGAGGAAAACAAAUGAGCAAGCAUGCAGGGCCUUGGUGUCCCAGAGCAGCAAGGACUUGUGUCUGCCCUCCACUCCUGGGUGGCCCACAGGCUGCUAGGCUGGGAGGGGGCUGAAGAGAUUCACUCUCUUUAGUCCCAGGCGACCAGCUUAGCUCAGCCCAGCAGGAGGAGAUGGGCUCUGCUCUGAGAGUAGGGUGUCCUUAGGGCCCUGGACGGGUAGGCCACCAGCCUGGACUCAGCGGGUGCUGGGGGGGAAGGGACGUGUGGCUGGGGGCAGGGACCGUGCGCUUGAGCUUGACCCGUUGCACUGAACAAGACCAAAUCACUGGUUGUGCACUUACGUGAGGGUGAGUCCAGUGUGCCCUGCAAUGGGUCCCGUGUCACUGUUUACAUGACCUAUUUGUGUGGUUAUAUAGCCCUUUAUUUAAAAGAGAGAAGUUCCUUUUACGAAGUUAUUAAAUUAUAUGUUUAAAAGUAAAGAAAAAAGAGCUGCAGAGUAUUUAUAAAACUGUCUUUUAAAAAAAAAAAACAAGCAAGAACAUUUGAUCGUAUAAAUGGAAAAGGGAAAAAAGUAUAAUAGAAACUUUGCUAGUU